AUGGGAUUAGCCCCGCGCCCGCUCCCAAAAACAUCCCAACAAGCUUUCCAACAGUUCUUUGCAAGAGGGCAUGCUUUAUUCUUGCCAGACGACUCUGAUCGAGUCCUUGAUGCUCUGGAUCCCUCAGCACAUGACUUGCCUCCCAAAAACUGGACUGUUCAGUUUCCACCAAAUUGGGAAGCACUCCCAUCAGACAAUCUGACACGCAUCAAUUGCGAAACAUUCAUUGUACGGAAGCAGAAAGCUGAGCAAGAGCACACAGACCAUCAACAGACUGCUGCUGCCGCCGCACUUUCCACCGCAGCACAGCCCCCCGUGCCGCCUCUGCCCCAACUCCCAUACUCUACAUACCCAAUCACGUACCCCAUUGUUCCCUUUCCUACUCAACCGUCCAUAUUCCUCCCUCAGCAUCCUACUUCCUCUCCUCCUAUUGCCACCCUUACACCGGUACCUGCUGCAAAGUUGUCACCGAAGUCUCAAUUAAAUGAAAGAGCAGAAAUCCAACUCAAGACUGUAGAGCACAUGGAAAAGGCACUGCAUGAACUGCGUGAUUGCUUGUCGCGGGCCCGGACCAAUAAAAAACUAUACAUUAUCAAUAUGAAACCGGUACCCAAAGCUGAAGACCUUGGGAAACGUGGAAAAGGCCGUCGUAACAAUACAGUAAACAAUGCAAUCCAGUCCAACCCGGCUUCGGAGCAAUACACUUUGCUUGAAAAGCAGUGGGGAUGUCAGAAAUGUGGUGGUCACUGUUGGCCGCAUGCCCAGGCAAAGGGAAAACACCUCCACCUUAGCAAUGCAAUGCUGUCCUUAUGGGCACAGCAAUGGACUGACAGUGUUCCCGGUGUUGAUCUCUACAACCCUCCGACUCAUCACUGGUUUGAUGUUCCAGCUCUGGGGAAACAGACCAAGGCUAUCAAUGAAAAGCAACGCCGAGAAUCUAAGAAGCGGAAACGCAGUGCUAGUCCACCAAGAACCCCAACAAAGUCCAAAGCUGCGACUACACCAAGCCCCCCAGUAAAGAAGGCUAAAGCCGAUGUGACACCAGCCAAACAGCAGCCUGAAAAAGAAACAAUAAUCCUCUCUUCUGACCCUAUAACUCCGGAAUUUCUCUAUCAUCACGCAUCCAAAGUCGGAACUGAAAUCAUAAAUCUUUCAUCCUCCCCAACUCCUGGACCUUCCAAGAAGGCCCCUGUCCCUGUUUUCAACCUUUGCUCUUCCGACGAUUUUCCCGAGUCCGACACUGAGCAUGAUGAGCUAGAACCAUAG